AUGGGAGAAUCUCCUGCUGAGGGUGGGACACAUCAUCAGAGGAAGUCUAGAGGUAAACAUAAGCACAAACACAAACUCAAAGAAGUUAAAGUGGAGGAUGAAGAAUUUUCGCGCCCUACCAAGGUUCCCAGAACAUACAGCGAUAAAAAGUAUGAUAAUUCGAGACAUAUCAGGGUCAAGGAGGAACCUAGAGAGUCCUACAGUCCACCUCAUAGACAUAGAUUGAAUGACCCAGUAAUAAUAAAAUCCAAGUCUCCUCGUCGACAUAAUCGUGUUACCUCUCCCCUGGUUAUGAGAGAUACAGAAGAUAUACCAGAGGCACAACCGAAUUUAGGGAGGAGUGGACUUCUGGACAAAACCUCAGGCUCAGUGACGAAACAAAAAGCUAAUUUUGAGCUUUCAGGCAAACUUGCGGAAGAUACAAAUGUUUUUAAGGGUGUUGUGAUAAAAUAUAAUGAACCAGAAGACGCCAGGAAACCGACUUCACACUGGCGAUUGUAUGCCUUCAAGGGGAAUAAGACUCUCCCCAUCUUGCAUAUUCAUAGACAGAGUGGCUUCCUUAUUGGUCGUGAUAGAAAAAUUGCAGAUAUUCCUAUGGAUCAUCCAAGCAUUUCCAAACAACAUGCUGUUUUACAGUAUAGAUUUGUUCGUGGCGCAAUUCGUUUGUACAUCAUAGAUUUAGAGUCAGCAAAUGGAACAUACCUUAAUAACAAUAGGAUUGAACCACGUCGCUACUACGAGCUUCUUGAAAAGGAUGUCAUUAAAUUUGGCUUUUCUACACGGGAAUAUGUUGUUAUGACAUCAGAAACUGAUGUGGAUGAUUCAUCUUGA